AUGGAAGACGAGGGCGAAGGAGGAAGCGACGAUCAAUCUCAAUCCCAACUUGUGUUGAAAGAAAUCCGUCCAUUCACCAUCCGCGCGGAUGAAUUUCUCAACGUAGACCCGAAAACGAGCUAUUAUUGCCGUCUUCACGCCGUGAAUAUCGGCGUCGAAAAGUCGAAAAAGUUUCACCGAACUUUGGAAUUGACGAACGCGCUCACCGAACAGUUGGAGCAUUUAGAGAGGAUGAAAUUGAAUAACGAGGAGUUCAGAGACAGUUUAGACCAUCAACUGGACGCGUUGCACGUGGAGAAGUUCGCGUACACGCUGUUUGCCAAAGCGGACGCGCAAGAUCGAAAAUAUAAAAACAGGACGAAGAAAAUUGCGAAACUGUAUUACGUGAGCGCGAACGUGUUCGACGUGUUGCGAUCGAUGAUGUCAUCAACCAAUGAUGAUGAUGAUGAUGAUGGAGGAAAAGAAGAAGGAAUAGAUACCGCGACAUCUCCGGAGAUUGAAGAGAAGCAGAGGUACGCUUUGUGGAGAGCCGGAGAGAUUAGCAAAGCGAUACGAUUGGGAGUACCGUGCGAAGAUCCUCCGGAGACGAGCGGGAAGACGACGACGACGAGUCGAAGCGAGAGUUUCAAAGAGGAUUUGGAUGUAGACGUCGACGACAAGAGGGUAGAGGAAGAAGAAGAAAGGGAAGAAGAUGAAAUGCCGCCGCCACCGCCACCAGCUGUAGCACAUCAACCAUCACCACCACCUCAAGGACAUAAGAAAGGGCCGCCCCCAGGUGUCGGCGCUCGAGCUCCUCCUUCCCUCAAGAAAGAGGGAUCGGCGACGACGACAACAGUAUCGACGAGAGCAGCGACGAAUGGAGCCAACGACGCGCACCGUCCAGAUUACGAAAAAAUAGCAUCGGCUCAAACGCUCGCGAAAUCAGCCGUAUCAGCGCUCGGAUUCGAAGACGCCAAAACUGCCAUCGAUCAGCUUCGCGCGGCGCUCGAAAUCUUGGAAUCAUCUUGA